UGGAAUCCAUCUGAUGAAUAACUGAGUUCUCCGAAUACAAAUAGGCAAAGCUUCUCCCUUUCUUUCUCGGUUUGUGUGUUGAUAUAAUUCUCAAGCACCGAGACGUCAUCACAGCCAACACCGUAGAAAUUUCCUUCUGUGGAAUCAUCCGAUCAGGUUUCCGGUGGAAGAAAAAUCAACCCUUUGUUCCUUUUUCUUCGUUGAACGCCUAAAUCUCAGGCAAACCUGUUCGGGCGGCUCGGUGCUGGAGAAAGCCUUACCCAUUAUCCGUUUCUACGGGUUAGCUUCGACAGCGGCUUUUGGGGAUUUUCCCCCUUUUUUUUUCGGGUCGGUUCAAUGCCAUCGACGACGAGAAGAGUAUACAUGCAUUGAAUCACGAGGGCAAGUUUAUGCAUUGGAGGGUUUGGGGUCGGGAUUUGAAGAGGGCUAUUGGGAUUUCGAGAUCGUAGGGUUUUGAUUUUGGUGGAGAUGAGUGGAAGUGGGGAUUCUUCCGGUGGUUCCCUAAGCAUCAGAGGUGUCAUCUGCAACGCUGGUGCCGGAGCCGCCGCUGGGGCAAUCGCUGCGACAUUUGUUUGUCCACUGGACGUGAUCAAGACAAGGUUACAGGUUCUUGGUCUUCCGGAAACUCCUGCGGGUCAAAGAGGUGGUGUUAUUGUUACAAGUCUACAGAGUAUAAUAAAGAAUGAAGGUUUUAGGGGACUGUAUCGAGGGCUUUCACCAACCAUAAUCGCUCUCCUUCCGAAUUGGGCUGUGUACUUUACGGUUUAUGGGAAGCUAAAGGAUCUGCUUCAGUCAAGUGAUGGAAAACUUAGUGUUGGGGCUAACAUGAUAGCUGCUGCUGGUGCUGGAGCUUCCACAGCUAUUGCCACUAACCCAUUUUGGGUUGUCAAGACAAGGCUAAUGACACAAGGGAUGAGGCCGGAUGUGGUCCCUUACAAAAGCAUACUGUCUGCAUUUAGUAGGAUUUGUCAUGAAGAAGGAUUCCGGGGGUUGUAUAGCGGGAUUUUGCCCUCUUUGGCGGGAAUAAGUCAUGUCGCUAUCCAGUUUCCUGCAUAUGAGAAGAUCAAGCAACACAUGGCAAAAAUAGGUAAUACUUCUGUAGAUAAGCUUAGUCCUGGUGAUGUAGCUAUUGCCUCUUCAGUUUCUAAAGUGAUCGCCUCUGUAAUGACUUACCCACAUGAGGUUGUGAGAUCCAAGCUUCAAGAACAAGGGCAAUUAAGAAACCCGGCGGUCCAGUACUCGGGAGUCGUGGACUGCGUCAAGAAAGUGCUCAGGAAAGAAGGGAUUCCUGGGUUUUACCGGGGAUGUGCUACUAAUCUGCUGAGGACAACUCCAUCGGCUGUUAUCACAUUUACGAGCUAUGAGAUGAUUCAUCGGUUUCUUCUACGAGCGGUGCCUUCAGACAGAACACGGGCAAAGACAAGAUCGGAGGAAGACACGAGAACAGAAGACGAGAGUUUAGGAAACCGGGAAGAAGGAAACAAAGAUUUGGGUUUGAGAGAAUCACAAACUCAAUCUAAUAAGAUCAACACUUCCUCUAUCCCCCUCGGAAACAAAUAGGGUUUUAUCAUGUGCUCUUUGAGCUUCUUCUUCAUGGGUUUCAUUCUUUGUCUACCAGAUAUGUUAGACGUCGAGAUUUUCCCCUGCGAAUGAUCAAAGCUGUAGUCUUUUUUCACUUUUCCCCAUUCUUUUGCAUGUAAUGUUCGUUUUCAUUGUUAUGAUAUCAGAGACUUUGCAUUAUUGAAAACGA